ACGGGACAGGUAAACGCAGGAGGCGCCAUGUUGAGUGGAAACGGAAGCGAGUGAUUGUGCAGUUUAAAGAAAAAGGCAGAAGCUGGUUCCGCGAGACUUUAUGAAAACACAGAACCGGGUCUGGGUUUGAGGAGCUGAGCGUCCGAGCGCGGCCGAGCGGUUCAGUGGUCAGUUCAGGCUGGUGUGAAGACUCUCCUCUCCGCGGGACUCUUUUAUUCCUCUCCGCUCGGUUCGGCUCGGCUCGGCUCGGUUCGGUCUGGGAGACAUGCCCCUGGCUCAGUUUGUGGAUCCGUGGCAGAGGCUGCCCGUCGGUCCUCUGGAGAACGAGGAUGACUCCAUGGGAGACGAUGACGCCUCAGUGAGUGAUGAAGGUCCAGUGAAGGAGAUCAGCAUAACUCACCUGGUUAAAGAAGGGUCGGAGAAAGCCGACCCGGAACAGUUCGACUUCCGCAAAGUCCUCGGACAGGGAUCCUUCGGAAAGGUUUUCCUGGUGAAGAAGUUGACGGGACCAGAUGCUGGACAACUUUACGCCAUGAAGGUCCUCAAGAAGGCAACGCUGAAAGUGAGGGACCGAGUGCGGACGAAGAUGGAGAGGGACAUUUUGGUUGAGGUUAACCACCCGUUCAUCGUCAGACUGCACUACGCGUUCCAGACGGAGGGUAAACUGUACCUGAUCCUGGACUUCCUGCGGGGAGGAGACCUGUUCACUCGGCUCUCCAAAGAGGUGAUGUUUACGGAGGAGGAUGUGAAGUUCUACCUGGCUGAGCUGGCUUUGGCCCUGGAUCAUCUACACGGUCUGGGGAUCAUCUACAGAGACCUAAAGCCAGAGAAUAUUCUUCUGGAUGAACAGGGUCAUAUUAAACUCACUGAUUUCGGUUUGAGUAAGGAGUCUAUAGAUCACGAGAACAAGGCGUACUCCUUCUGUGGGACGGUGGAGUACAUGGCCCCCGAGGUGGUGAACCGGCGAGGCCACACCCACAGCGCCGAUUGGUGGUCGUACGGCGUCCUCAUGUUUGAAAUGCUGACCGGGAUGCUGCCGUUUCAGGGGAAGGAUCGAAAAGAAACGAUGACCAUGAUCCUAAAGGCUAAGCUGGGCAUGCCUCAGUUCCUCAGUUCUGAAGCCCAGUCUCUGCUCCGAAACCUGUUUAAGAGGAACCCAGGGAACCGGCUCGGAGCCGGUCCUGAUGGAGUCGAGGAGAUAAAGAGACACCCAUUCUUCUCCACGAUUGACUGGAACAAACUGUUCCGUAGAGAAGUGACUCCGCCUUUUAAGCCAGCCAGUGGACGGCCGGAUGACACCAUCUACUUCGACAGCGAAUUCACCGCAAAAACACCUCGAGAUUCCCCCGGCGUCCCCCCCAGUGCAAAUGCCCACCAGCUGUUCAGAGGAUUCAGCUUUGUAGCAACAGGAGCAGAGAUGGAGAGCCAGCCUCCGAUCCAGACCAGCACCAGCAUCAGCAGCGUACUGCAGCACCGCAGUACGCUGCAGUUCUCUGAUGUGUACGAUGUGAAGGAGGAUAUCGGUGUGGGCUCGUACUCCAUCUGCAAACGCUGCGUCCACAAGACGUCCGGCAUGGAACACGCCGUUAAAAUAAUCAAUAAGGAGAAGAGGGACCCAGCGGAGGAAGUGGAGAUUCUACUGAGAUACGGCCAACAUCCUAACAUCAUCACACUGAAGGAUGUGUAUGAUGAUGGGCAGUCGGUGUAUCUGGUUACGGAGCUGAUGAAAGGUGGAGAGCUGCUGGAUAAAAUCCUUCGGCAGAAGUUUUUCUCGGAGAGAGAGGCCAGCGCUGUCCUCCACACCAUCGCUAAAACCGUGGACUACCUGCACGUUCAAGGGGUUGUGCACCGAGAUCUGAAGCCCAGUAAUAUUCUGUAUGUGGACGAGUCCGGGAACCCCGAGUCCAUCCGGAUCUGCGAUUUCGGCUUCGCUAAGCAGCUCAGGGCUGAGAACGGUCUGCUGAUGACCCCCUGCUACACCGCCAACUUCGUCGCUCCUGAGGUGCUGAAGAAGCAGGGUUAUGAUGAGGCGUGUGAUAUCUGGAGCCUCGGCGUUCUGCUCUACACCAUGCUGACAGGUUUCACUCCAUUCGCUAACGGCCCUGAGGACACUCCUGAGGAGAUCCUGGCUCGCAUCGGCAGCGGGAAAUUCUCACUGAGCGGUGGAUACUGGAACUCCGUAUCUAACGGGGCUAAGGACCUGGUGUCUAAGAUGCUGCAUGUUGACCCUCAUAAGAGACUGACCGCAUCUCAGGUCCUGCGUCACCCCUGGAUCGUCCAUAAAGACCAGCUGCCUAAAUUCCAGCUGAACCGGCAGGACGCGCCGCAGCUCGUAAAGGAAGCGAUGGCUGCCACGUAUUCGGCUCUGAACAGGAACAUUUCUCCGAUGCUGGAGCCGGUGGGCCGCUCUACACUAGCACAGCGCCGCGGGGUCAAAAAGCUGACCUCCACUGCCCUCUGACCUCAGACCUGGGCAUCCAACAAGGAGCUGCGGACCAAAAUUUAACAGAAAAAAUUUUAUUUGUUUUUUUAUUUCUUUCUCCUUGUUUGUUUCUUCCAGCCCCUGCUGAGUCACUGCUCGCACAAUCAUUACUGUCUCUGAAAUCUGGAGUAUUACGCAAAAAAACAUCAAAUCAGUCUAUUUUCUUUUAUUAUGCCAAAAACGUUCUAGAAAUGUACUUUAUAGUAGAAUUGUAUGUGAAUAUAAUGGGAUUUUUUGUGGGUCUGGGUUCAGAAAGAGUGUUUUAUGCUGAGGAACCUGAGAAAUGUUCGGUUGUUGUUUUUUUGUUGUCGUUGUUGUUGUUGUUGUUUUGGGAGCGUUUUGUUGCUAUAGACACACUCCGUGUAGAAAUGACCAAGUCUCCUCGACCUGAACCGCUAAUCAUGGCAGUGCAGGGACUGUGCCAUUCAGAGAUUAUUCCCAAAAAUCCCUUAAGAGGAAAAAUCAUAGUUUCAGCUCUUAGCCAUCAUAGAAUUAUAUAUAAUAGUGUAUAAUAUGAGAUUUCUUAUUUCUAAGCAAUUAUCCUACCAUUUAUUCACAUUUACUCAUCAGAGGAGGACCAGCAGGUCGAGUCUCAGUGCUUCCAUCACGGUUCCUUACCGUUUCCAUUAAAGUGGCCAUUCCUUGGCAACUGAAUUGUACUGUAACUUCCAAAGGCAAAAGAUUAUACGGCGUCUGUGAAAUCAAACUCUUCAGGCACUUGUGCGCUCUGUCCUACUGCGUUUUCCAUAUGCAACUACUUUCUUGGAUUAUUUUUUGAUGAAAUAACUUUCCUUUGAUGUAUUACUGAGCUUCAUUAAGGUGUCCUAAGUGUUUUGGUCCAGGAGGAUAUAUUCUGGGGGAAAAGCCUGAAAAUCUGAUGUUCAGCGAAGCAGAAGGUGCUGAACAGUGGAGCGAACUGAAGGCCAAAGUAGCAGCGAGAGUUGCCGUAGAAAAAUAAACAAAAUGUAGAACCGGUUUAACCUCAGUCCCUCUAGCCUAGUGUUCUUGGACCCUGAGGGACCUUUAAAGGGGUACUUCGGCCUUUUUCACCCUAAGCUGUCUGUACAGCGUCUGUUGCGCGCGGUCGAUUGCUGCAGACGAUAAUUUCAACACGCUCCCCUGAACUUGGUAAAGAACAGAAAACCAGUUAGCAUGAAACACGUUUAUAAUAGAGGUCAAUGGGCAGACGCUGAACUUGUGUGAAGAAAGGCUUGAAAAACGCUGAUUAGAACAACUGCUCUGAAAAAAUAGCAGUCCUGGUUAGUUUAGCUUUCUCUAAGGUGUUCUGGUGUCCAUGGUGAUCAGGAGGCUCCGCCUCACUGCUUCAGAAUUAGCAUGUAGCCUUCCCUUUACAAAGCUAGUUCUAAUUAGCAUUAGAAAGACCCGACUGCUCAGAUUUACAGCUUAAUUUGUGGAGUCUACUGAAGAAAUUAAGUUUUUUUUUUUACACAAAUACGGAAGCCUGAAAGGUCCAUUCGCUUUCCUGUAUUUGUUUUCUUGUGAUCAUGUGUUAUUUAUAUCAUUACAGCACAAAAUGUUUUCACGAGAUCUUGAGAUGUGCCGUUAUCACGACGUAACGAAUGUCGUCUCCGUUUUGUUGCGAUAAUAAAAUUAAUAACUCGAAAUGAAAACAAACUUUUUUUGUUUGGCCGCAAUGACAAAUAUUACAAGAUCUCGAGAAAACAAAUGAAAAUAACGUAUCAUGGAAAGACUGAGUAGAGAAACAUGCAAAUCCUUGUCGCUUCAGGGUUUCCGUACAGAAACAUGCUUGGCGUGUCGCUGCUGUCGGGACAAAACCUCGUAUCUCCAGAACGGUGACUUUACAGGAGAGGGAAAAAACAUGCUCUACUUUUAAUGCAAGUCAAUGGAACCAGACGUCUUUCCAAGUCAUUUUGGGCCGUUUCUUCUGGUCCAUUUAUCAUGAAAUUUACAAACAAUGUAAACAGCAACAGGUAUUUUCAAAUCAUGACCAACUGAAAAACCUCAAAAACGGAGAUACGAGGUUUUGUUUACUGCCCAUGGACUUCUGUUUUCCGCUCUUUUCCAAGUUCAGGGAAAGCUGUUGAAGUAGUUGUCCGAGCUCCUCGUACAGCAGCUCGAGACCAGGGUGGAAAAAUCUGGACUGUUCCUUUAACACUCCAUCGUCGCUCCUUUCUGUGUUCUUUCUGCCGUGUAAAGAAAAAGGGAAUUUGAUACUAUAAACUUUUCCAGUGAGCAGAGUUUUUACAGAGAGACCUUCAGAAUGUAUUUUUGUACACGUGUACAAGCUCUUUUCUACUUGGGUGUGAGUGAGUGAGUCGGUGCAGGUGUCGCGCCUGGCCUGCAGCUCCUGCCGAGAGCCUUAACUACUGCUGUCCAAUCUUCCAUGUGGGUCUGAAAGUAGUCUGAUUACUAAUAUGAUGGGAAAUCAGAUGUUAUAAAGAUUAACCAUAAUAAAGUCUUUAAGUAUUUAUCA